GGUCCUUCUCCGUGUUCUCCCUGUCUCGCCGCUCCAUGUCAGGUGCGGUACAGCUGCGUGUGUGCCCGGAGCGCUGCCUGUUCGAUGACCCGCUGCGGGUGCAGGUGAGCGGGCUGAGCCCUGGACAGGAGGUGACCCUCCGCACCGAACUGACCGAUGAAGGCGGGGAGCUGUUCACUUCCGUGGGCCGGUACCGAGCCGGGAGCGGAGGAGAGCUGGAUAUCAGCCGGAGUCCGGCGCUGGAGGGGGGCAGCUUUACCGGCGUAGAAGCGGAGGGGCCCCUGUGGGCUCUGGAGCCCCAGAACGCCCUCAGGAGGCUGGUGAAGAAGGACGUGCGGAGCCCCAUGCAGCUUCGCUUCUCCCUCCAUCAGGAGCCGCCCGGAGCUGUGCUGGCCACUGCCGUCCAGGAGAGAAGCUUCCUGGGAGAAGGAGUGAGCCGGCUGGAGGUGAGGGAUGGCAGAGUCCGGGCCACCCUCUUCCUGCCGCCCGGACCUGGACCAUUUCCCGGAGUGAUUGAAAUUCCCGGGACAGGCGGAGGACUCCUGGAAUAUAAAGCUAGCCUAUUGGCCAGUAGAGGGUUUGCCACAAUGGCGUUGGCGUACUACAACUUUGAAGAUCUCCCAAAGCAAAUGAAAACUUUUCACUUGGAGUACUUUGAAGAAGCUCUGAAUUACAUGCUGCAGCAUCCAAAGGUUAAAGGUCCAGGAAUAGGCCUUUUUGGUCAUUCUAAAGGUGGAGAUUUGGUGCUUUCUAUGGCUUCCUUCCUUAAAGGUAUAACUGCUGCAGCUGUUGUAAAUGGAUCUGUAGCCAACGUCGGUGCUGACCUUCACUACAAGGACAUCACCCUGCCCGCUCUUGUCUUUGAUCCACAAAGGAUUAAAUUCCCAAAGCCAGGAGUGGGCGAUAUCAGGGACGUGCUGAACAAUCCACUAGAAGAACCUAAUCGACAGAGCCUUAUUCCUGUUGGCAGGGCAGAUUGCAAGUUGCUGUUUAUCGUUGCAGAAGAUGACAGGAACUGGAAGAGUGACUUUUUUGCCCAGGCUGCCUGCAAACUUUUGGAAGAGCAAGGGAAAGAAAAGCCAGAGGUUGUGUACUAUGCCAAAGCUGGACAUUAUAUUGAGCCUCCUUACUUCCCACUGUGUAAAGUUUCCGUGCAUAAGCUUGUUUCUCUUCCAGUUAUUUGGGGAGGAGAGCCAAAAGAGCACUGUUUUGCACAAGUGGAUUCUUGGCAGAGAAUUCAGGCUUUCCUCCUCAAGCACUUAAAUCAGGAAAGCUCCUCAAGUAAACUAUGAGGAUGAUACAGUAUCAAUGCUAUCGUUUA